UUUAUUUAUGUAUUUAUUUUUGACUAGGUAAUGCAUGUCCAUGGUACAAAAAUCCACAAGGUUUGUAGACAAAGAAAGACGUGCGCUUCCUUUUCCUCUUUACCUGUGGCCUCCCUGCUCCACACAGAGAUCCUAGGGUGGAGUGGGAUCAAGCCCAUCCCCAGGCCACGUACGCCCCCGACCCUAGCUAGGUUGGCGGGACCGCGUCUGGGGGGCCGAGCCCCCCUCCUCGCUGCGGUGAGCCCAGGCGGAGGCGCGCACUGCGCAGACGCCCCGCUGCAGUGGGCGGAGCUCCCUCAGGCCCCGCCCCCGCUUUCCUCCCGCCCCUGUUCAGCCUGUUGGGGCAGAAGCUGGGGCCCCGCGGAGGUAGCAGCAACCGCCUGCCGAGUAAGACCGAAGCCCCUCAGGGUUUGGAGACCCUGACACGCCCACCUUCCCACCUGGGCUCUGCAUUUCCCCCAGCUGCCAGGCAAGAUGAAGCCUAAACUGAUAUACCAGGAGCUGAAGGUGCCUGUGGAGGAGCCUGCCAGUGAGCUGCCCAUGAAUGAGAUUGAGGCAUGGAAGGCUGCAGAGAAGAAAGCCCGCUGGGUCCUGCUGGUCCUCAUCCUGGCAGUUGUGGGCUUUGGUGCCCUGAUGACGCAGCUGUUUCUAUGGGAAUACGGCGACCUGCAUCUCUUUGGGCCCAACCAGCGCCCAGCCCCCUGCUAUGACCCCUGCGAAGCGGUGCUGGUGGAGAGCAUUCCUGAGGGCCUGGACUUCCCCAAUGCCUCCACGGCCAACCCCUCCACCAGCCAGGCCUGGCUCGGCCUGCUUGCCGGUGCCCGCAGCAGCCUGGACAUCGCUUCCUUUUACUGGACUCUCACCAACAAUGACACCCACACACAGGAGCCCUCUGCCCAGCAGGGUGAGGAAGUCCUCCGGAAGCUACAGACCUUGGCACCAAAGGGUGUGAAAGUCCGCAUCGCCGUGAGCAAGCCCAAUGGACCCCAGCCACAGGCGGACCUGCAGACCCUGCUGCAGAGCGGUGCCCAGGUCCGCAUGGUGGACAUGCAGAAGCUGACUCAUGGCGUCCUGCACACCAAGUUCUGGGUGGUGGACCAGACCCACUUCUACCUGGGCAGUGCCAACAUGGACUGGCGCUCACUGACCCAGGUUAAGGAGCUGGGCGUGGUCAUGUACAACUGCAGCUGCCUGGCUCGCGACCUGACCAAGAUCUUUGAGGCCUACUGGUUCCUGGGCCAAGCAGGCAGCUCCAUCCCCUCCACCUGGCCCCGGCCCUAUGACACCCGCUACAAUCAAGAGACACCAAUGGAGAUCUGCCUCAAUGGAACCCCUGCUCUGGCCUUUCUGGCGAGUGCACCCCCACCCCUGUGUCCAAGUGGCCGCACUCCAGACCUGAAGGCUCUCCUCAACGUGGUGGACAAUGCCCGGAGUUUCAUCUAUAUCGCGGUCAUGAACUACUUGCCGACUAUGGAGUUCUCUCACCCGCGCAGGUUCUGGCCUGCCAUUGACGAUGGGCUGCGGCGGGCUGCCUAUGAGCGUGGCGUCAAGGUGCGCCUGCUGAUCAGCUGCUGGGGACACUCUGAGCCAUCCAUGCGUGCCUUCCUGCUCUCCCUGGCUGCCCUGCGUGACAACCAUACCCACUCGGACAUCCAGGUGAAACUCUUUGUGGUCCCUGCGGACGAGGCCCAGGCUCGGAUCCCAUAUGCCCGCGUCAAUCAUAACAAGUACAUGGUGACUGAACGUGCCACCUACAUCGGAACUUCCAACUGGUCUGGCAACUAUUUCACGGAAACAGCAGGCACCUCACUGCUGGUGACGCAGAAUGGGCGGGGCGGCCUGCGGAACCAGCUGGAGGCCGUUUUCCUGAGGGACUGGGACUCCCCCUACAGCCAUGACCUCGACACCUCCGCCAACAGCGUGGGCAACGCCUGCCGCCUGCUGUGAGGGCUGGUCCAGCGGACAGGCGAAGUCCCACUAGGCCCCUGCGGGCCCAGAUGCUCUGGGUCCCGGUCCCUGUCCACGGGCCCAGAUGCUCUGGGUCCUGGUCCCUGUCCCCGUGCCCCCGCUUCUGUCUGCCCCGUUGUGGCUCCACAGGCUCUCCCCUGCUCUCCCACCUCUACCUCUGCCCCCACUGGCCUGACGCUAUGGCCCUGGGACUCAGCAGAGCUGGGGAGGGAUCAGUUCCUGAAGAAAGUGGGGGUGCAUGCUGGGCCCGGCCUCCUGGCCCACUUCCCCUUUCCAGGGCAAAAAGGGCCCCAGGUUAUAAUAAUAAGUAAAUAACUUGUCUGUACA